CACUAUAUCCCUCCCCCGUCCCCCCCCUCUCUCUCUCAACGCCCACACACGCUUACGCCUUCUCUCUCUUCCUCUCUCACACCCUCUCAAAUAAAUCGCUGAUGGCCGUUACACUCAUCGCUUCUCUGAUAUAUGCCUGCGUUUCUUCUUUGACUUUGAUUGACUCUGUUCUUUGCCUCUGCUGGUAGCAAAAUUUUGCAUUUCAGGGGUUUGGUUACGGAGAUUUAAGUGAGAAACGGGGUUAGGAAGUUAGGAUCUUUUUAUGCUCUGUUCAUGUGAAUGAGUAGCUCCUAGGUUUAUUUUGCAUAUUCCCUCGUCAGGGAUAAUGUUUGUUUUCUAUUAUUGCUCUUAUUCCUCUGGCAAAUCUUAAAAACCCUGCAUGAAUCUGUGUGAUGAUGGGUUUAGCUUAUAGUAUUUCCCUUUUAUCUCAAAAGGGGUUUUCAGGGAUUUGAUUUGAUUUUUGUGAUUUACAGAGAUAUUUUGUGGUUCGGAGAGUGAUUGGUUUUCAAAUUCAUGGGAUCCGAGGUUUGUGUCGGUGUUUCCGGUGGGUCGGCCACGGCUCAUGAAUGGAAGAAGGGGUGGCCUCUUCCAUCUGGUGGAUUCGCCCAAUUUUGUAACAACUGCGGAAUUUCGAUUGAAUGCAAGCUUGACAACUUCGAUUCCAUAUCUGCCUAUGAGGCAUCCAUUUUCUGUAAUAAAUUCCACCUCGAAGAAACAGGUUGGAGGGACUGCAGCUUUUGCAACAAGCCUAUCCACAGUGGAUGCAUAGUAUCAAGGUAUUUGUUCGACUACCUUGACUUUGGAGGUAUAGGUUGCAUCAGCUGUAUAAAGGCUUCUCGAUUGCUUCUGAACACUAAAGAACCUGAUGGGGCUGUUACAUCUACCACAACAAAUGCAAGUGAUUGUACUCCUCGUCAAAUGGAUGGGAAACUGUUGGUGGAUAGUGUCGGUGAAGGAAAACUUAUGCAAUUAUGCAGAAUUGUUGAAGCUAGUGAGACUAAUGGUUGGCAUCAACCUCAAAGAGAUAAAAUGAUCUCAUCUAGUGGGCUAAAGAGCCAAGAAAUUAAGUGUCUGACAAGGGAUGUGGAUUCAAGAUUUUCAAAUAUGAUUAAAACAUCUAUUCAUUCACUAAAAUUUCCUUUAGAAAAUACUAGACCAACAUGGGAGAUUAAAAAUAUUCGUGAAUCACCUGCACAACCAUCUUUGAGUAUGUCCCUGGGAAUUCCAUCAGGAAACUCUGCCCCUGCUUCUGCUGGAGAGAUUGUAGAAGAAAGGCUUGAGGGCAAACCAUCUUCUGUGUUUCAUCAAGGGCAAAGAUCUCACCCUGUAUUUGCUAAACCAUCAAAGACUGGUCUUGCCAUGAACAUAGAAACAAGCAAAGGAAUGAAUUCUCAGGCAUGUGUUGCCCGGCCAUCUGUUGAAGGAAGGGGCAAGAGUCAGCUACUUCCUCGGUACUGGCCUAGGAUUACUGAUGAAGAGCUGGAGCAAUUGUCUGGAAAUUUGAAAUCCACUGUAGUGCCAUUAUUUGAGAAGGUGUUGAGUGCCAGUGAUGCAGGUCGAAUUGGGCGCCUUGUUCUUCCAAAAGCUUGUGCUGAAGCUUUUUUCCCUCCUAUUUCUCAGUCAGAAGGUCUUCCUUUGGAAAUGCAAGAUGUGAAGGGAAAUGAAUGGACUUUUCAGUUCAGAUUUUGGCCUAAUAACAAUAGUAGGAUGUACGUACUGGAGGGUGUGACCCCUUGUAUACAGUCAAUGCAAUUGAUUGCGGGUGACACCGUAACAUUUAGCAGGAUUGAUCCUGGGGGCAGAUUUAUUAUGGGUUUCAGAAAGACAUCAAAUUCUCUAGAAACACAGGAUGCGUCUACAUCUACACAUUCCAACGGGAUUACAACAAAGGAAAUAGUCAGUUCUGGUGCAAAUGAGAACCUUCCUUCAGGAAGUAGUUAUUCUGAUCUUCUUCAGUCUAUGGAAGGGAACAGGGAACCUCACUUAAAUAGACAAUCCGAACACCUGCAUUUGGGUAGGAGGGUAGCUGACUUCCCUCAAACAGAAAAUUAUGGCCAGAUGACAAAAAAUGAUUCACUGCAGCAAUCAAUUUCAGUUUCAGAGAAGAAAAGGACUCGGAAUAUUGGGCCUAAAAGUAAGAGGUUACUCAUUAAUUGUGAAGAUGCUUUGGAGUUGAAACUGACGUGGGAGGAAGCACAAGACUUACUUCGUCCACCACCCAGUGUUCAGCCAAUCAUUGUUACGAUUGAGGACCACAUUUUUGAGGAGUACAAUGAACCCCCAGUUUUUGGGAAGAGAACUAUAUUCAUUGCCUGUCCAUCUGGGGGACAGGAACAAUGGGCUUCAUGUGAUGAUUGCUCUAAAUGGCGAAAACUACCUGUUGAUGUUCUUCUACCUCCUAAGUGGACUUGUUCUGAAAACGUUUGGGAUCCAACCAGGUCUUCAUGUUCUGCACCUGAGGAGCUAAGGCCCAAGGAGUUGGAAGAUCUUUUGAAAUCCAGCGAAGGCCUUGAUGCUCUUGCUAAUAUGGCAGUAUUGGGAGAUAGUCUCGGGGAUCCUUCUGGGUCAUCAGCAGGGCCCACCACCAAACAUCCUAGGCAUCGUCCUGGCUGCACCUGCAUUGUCUGCAUUCAGCCACCAAGUGGAAAGGGAAGACAUCAUUCUACCUGUACUUGCAAUGUGUGUAUGACUGUGAAAAGGCGGUUCAAAACCCUUAUGUUGCGCAAGAAGAAACGCCAAUCUGAGCGUGAAGCAGAUGCUAGCCAGAUGGAUCAUAGAGAAGAGUCAGAUAUGAAUGGCGCACCUAAGGAAGACGCAAGCCAUGCGGAGAAAGAGGGAAGCAUAAAUAGAGGACAGCUUGAGGUUUGUGAAUCCAGUUCUGUACAGAUAGAUCUGAAUAGCCAUCCUGAUCGCGAAGACAUGCAAGUUGAUGCACCAAGCAUGAAUGGUCAUGUUGAAGGUCCAAGCUAUCCAGUACAACAGGUAUACGUGGAUCAAAAUGUCCCUAACGGAGGUCAGGGAUACUUCUCUAAUGGAGGAAGCUUUGGACCAAUUGUCUGGGAGAAUGAAACAAGAGAAGACAAGGCAUUCUAUGAUCCCAAUUCAAGUCAGAACAGUCCACCUUGAUUAUCUCUUUACUGUAUUUUUUUCUCCUAUCUUAAAUUAUAUAGUUUGCUUUCUUUUUCCAGUAUAUAUGGUAAAACUUAAUUUCUUGUCAACCUGGAUGUGAUUCUGGUCGCAUAUUGUCUUGAUAAUUUUAUUCACAAGGAGAUGGGUUUAUAUAUUAA